AUGGUGGAACUGACUAUCGCCGCUAUCAGGGAUCACUACCGGACCAAACGGGCGGCCAAACAGGACUCGUUACCGUAUCCUGUUCCAGCAGAAUCCACGCGCAUGCCUAGCCCGAAUGCAGCACCCAUGCCUCCCCCAAAAAUCGCGCCCCAGCCGGUUCCACAGACCCAGAUGCCGCCGUCACACAUGACCAACGACCUUGAGAUGACUUCCCCGCGCAAGGGCAGACCUGUCGUGGGCCAAGGUAUUUCUAUGCCGACCAUCGGAGAGCCGACGCACCAAACACCACAACAACCUCCUCAACCACAACCUAUGCGAAACCCUUCGCCACCAAAAAUGAGACCGGUCAAAUCCCUUAUUCCGCCGAGCCCGAAAUCGAAACAGCUACCGGAUCUCCCACCGCCCAAACCGAUAUCAAAGGAUCUCAGUCUUCCGAUGGACUCGCCCACAUUCAAAAACUUCUUCUCGUCAGAAGAAAUGUUCAACCAAGCCGUGGUCCCUAGGCCUCUGGUCCAUGAUCUGGUUCAUGUCAUUACAGGAGAAAUCAAAGCUAGAGGAAUCCUGACGCCGUAUCUACUGCUUCCCUUCAGACCCGAUUCAGAUCCAGACGCAGUACCUGCCCUGGUUAACCACAUCUUUCCCAAAAAUUUCCAGCCUCUGCAGGGAGAAGAGCUGUUGAGAACAGUCAGAAACGCGGAUAUCUAUACUCUCUGUGGAGUGCUCAAAUGGUGCUGGUGUCGAAUGCCUGGAGGAGUCGUAUCUUGGCCUGUAUACAACACAUUUGUGCAGGCAGAGAAAGAUGGUGAAAUGGACCAUGACGCAUUUCUCACUCUGAUUCCACGCUGUAUCUCGACUGAAGCCCAUGCUUCCAUUCUCUACGACUUUAUGGAUCUUCUGGCAGCUAUUGCCACUCAUGGAAAAAAGAACGGGAUGGGAGGUCGCAAGCUGGCCCGCUUGGCGGGAUCAUGGGCAUUCGAUGUGAACACCGGUGCGGAUGGUCCUGUGUCGUUCCAAGAUGGUCUUGAUGCAUGGAGUAGAGCAGCUGAAGCUACGAACCAUCUGUUCUUCUCGUUUUUGAGAACAAUGCUUCCAACCAAGGAGAGUCGGAUUGAAGCGAACCGGAUCCCUCGUUCUCUAGAGGCUUUGCUAGUCUCCUCAGUCUACCCUCCUCUUCCUCUACAUAAAUCUCGACUAGUUCCUGUUCCUCUGGUGACCUUGACAGUCGGUAAGCUGUCGUCUUCGCCGUUGGUACUUCUUAAGCGAGCUGCCAAGACUGUGAGAUUUGACAAUCCUGCUGUUUUCGCUACCGAGGAUGAUUUCAACACUCUUUUCUUCUUGUUCAAGGACCCCAAGAUUGUGGACCAGAAGUUGUCACCAGAGUCCAAACGAGUGUUACACGAUAUUGUGCAGGAGAACCCACUCAACAACGAAGUGUACUACGACACUCGAGCUGCUGAGUGGAAGGUGCGCAGUUCCAAGCUGCCAGCCGGCCAGCAUGGAGAUUACAGAGCCAAGACGUGGUCCAAGCAUUACAACUCGACAUUUACAGAUCCAGCAACCGGUGCACGAUCUUCCAACCCCCACAAUUACGUCUAUGACGCAGAUGAGGGCUACUCUUACAAGAUGAGAUCAAACCAAAAUGUUUCUACCUGGGAGGAGUUCAAGCAGUCUGGAUUUGAGGCUAACGACGUCAUUCGGCGGCCCUCCACAGCCCUUUCUGGCCGUUCCAUUCCCAUGAACAUCCCAUGGGCUAGCACGUUGCCUGGCCAGAAUGGAGAUACGGCGCCUGCUGUCAAGUCCGGUUAUGAGCAGAAGGUCACCGCUGCUGUUUCCCAGGUUGCUAUUGACGAUUUCUUCGUCUGGGUGUGGAUGUCUUCCCUGUCCAUUGAGCAGCCCGAGAUGAACAAGGCUCUCUUUGGACGGUCUCUGGUUGUUGAAGUCGAGAUUGCUCCUGGUCCUGGGGGGAGACGAUGGGUUGUGGUGGAGGAGAUCCUAUAUCCUCCUCCAAUCACACCUGUUCCUGAACCCAAGGCCCCAGAGCCCAAGCCAUGUCCUGUGCCCAAGCGAAUCGUUUCCACACCAGUUCCUCCUGUUGCCCCUUCCCCGCCCAAGAAGAAGCAUACACGCCGUAAGUCCGAAAAAGUAAUUACUUUUGAGUACGACGAUUUGGACCCUCUUGUGGCAGCUGUGGCUGAUCGAAUUGAGCGUCGUAACUCUCAGAGGCGAGUGAGUUUACCACCGCCACCUCCCCCUCCAAAAAUGGCUGACUCGUCUACUCAGACUUACUGCGAUCAGCAAACUCAGACUGAUCCUGUUGAGCUUCCGGAUGAGUACAUCAUUGAGACCACACCCGAGCCCCAAUCCAAGCCCCACGAGACCAGCAGGGAUCUUGGUGUUCAGACCAUGAGCACUCAGAGCACCAGGAACAGUACUACCAACAUGAUCACGAGGGAUACGGAUAUGGGCCCUGCUUUCAGUGUAGCUGCUUCUACUUUUGCGCCGCACGAGGAGAAACGUCCUGACUCAAAGUCGUCUUACCACACCCCUGAUCACGGAACUCCGAUGAUGGGUCAUCUUAGCUCUCCUUCCUCGGCUUCUCGUUCCGCUACACCUGAAGCGUGGGUCCCUGACUCCCCUCCUUCGUUGAGUCAGCUGCACAUCAAUCCUCUAGCAUCCGAGCAAAAGCAUCAGCCCCUACAGCCUGUCGUGUCCAUGAUCAUUGAUUCGUCUCCCGAGCGAACACCGGUCGAGAUUCCGCAGGGUCCCCGAACUCCCAAACUGGUGAAGAGAAAGCCCGUUGGAUCAGCUCCUGUUCUUCCAGCUGUCACAGAUGUGCCCGACGAGAAACCUCUUCCGACUAUUGUUUCUGACAUUACCCCUGGAGAGCGACCAGGUUCAAUCGGUUCAGGAUUCUCCAAUAGCAGUAUUGACCAGGAUCUCCACCGCUCACAUCAGCCUCUGGAAGAACCUCGAGGUCUUCGGACCUUCCCCUCGGAUAUCAACACUCCAGAGGACUCGGAAUGGGGUGAUCGUGGGGAGUCUAACGUCAUGCGAGGCCCCUACAACACUGCACCUUAUCAGAUGCCUGAUCGACCGGUAGGUGCACCUAUUCCUGGUUCAGGAGCCGCAACAACCCAUAAUGUCCCUGAAGCCCCUGCACCUCCACAUGAGGAUGUCGAUGAGACUGGGCCUGUGAGAGUCAGAGGCCCAAUAACUGUGGCUGCGACGGCCGCUGCGGCUACUGCUGCGGCUAGAGCUGCUGCUGGAGGGCCUCCCGGAGCCCCAGAGACUCCAAUCUCAAUGGCGCACUCGAACAUCCCUUCCGUGGCUCCUUCAGUAGCCACAGCUUCGGACACGGAGGCCUACAGAACGGCUUCCACGACAGAUGCCUCUCCCGUGUACGAGCGAGAUUCUCGAAUAAUCCCCUCUGACAUUUCCAAUAACGGUCUACAAAUAUCCGGUAUCAAGAACCAAAAGAUCCUGCCAAGAACCGUGUCCCCUGGGGUUUACUCUUCGGAUCAGAGCUGCUAUGAGUAUGGCUAUGAUUACACAGAUGACAGCGAGUACGAACAUCUUCCUGAAAGAGGUCCCCAAGGAGUAAGAGGUGGAAGAGUGGUGCGCGGAGGUCGUGGAGGUCGGGGUGGCCGGGGUGGCCGGGGUGGCCGGGGUGGAGGCAUUGGACAUCUUCCUGGUGGUCCUAUGGGACCUAUGGGACCUAUGGGCCAAAUGGGACCUAUGGGCCAAAUGGGACCUAUGGGACCUAUGGGACCUAUGGGAACUAUGCAACGAUCCUAUUCGCCGCAAGGCUUCCCUGGUCAGUACGGUUAUCCUUAUGGAUACUGGCCUGGAAUGAUGGGACCCCAAGGCAUGGGUAUGAUGGGACCUCAGAAUAUGGGUGCGGGCAUGGGUCCACAGGGUAUUGGAACGGGAAUGAUUGGCCCCCAAGGAAGCAUCGGUAUGAUGGGCCCUCAAUAUAUGGGUCCAAUGAACCCGAGCCCAGCUUCUUCCAAGUCUUCCCAGUCUCUUCCUUCGGUAGAUUCUGCGUUUAUGGACCGAGGACCUAUGGGCAUGUCCAGCAGUGGGGCAUUGAAAAACGUUAAUAAGAGACACACGCCCAAGCGGGAUCUUCAGUCGCCUGCUUCCUUUUCUUCCGGCUCAUCCUUUGGUCCCAUCGCCGGUCGUUCGGCUGGCCCUGGUGGUCCUCAAAAUAUGGCCCCUCAAGGAAUGGGCAAUAUGGGCAUGGGCAUGAACAACGUGGGUAUGGGAAUGGGCAUGGGAAACAUGGCGAUGGGUAUGGGAAACAUGGCGAUGAUGAGGCAAGGGAUUAGUCCUCAGCAAAUGGCCAUGAUGGUUCCAAGCAUGGGUGGUGGUCCAGGCGUAGGUCAAGGACCUAUGGGGCCUGGGACUGUCAUGUCUGAUUCGGAUUCGGAUGCCAGCUAUUACCCUGGGGGACCUCCUCGGUAUCUGCACAAACUUGGACGUGGUGUUGAAGCCCCUCCCGAUCGAAAAGGUAGCCAUUCCGAGAACAGACCUCCUUACGGCUACCCAAUAGCGCUCGAUAAGGGCAAGGGCAAGGAGGAGUCUCCCGAUGCGGAUAAUCCACGUAGUUUUGACUCACGCCCAGUAGGUCAUGAACACCAACAAGACGAAUCUGAGGUGGCAGACACAGCCUCCGUGGUAGAUUCGUUCGUAGGUUCGAAUGUGGCUACGGUGAUUGCUACAGAAGAGCCUUCUACAAACAGCCCACAUCAAUCUGAGUUGACUCUCAAGUUGGAACAAACUCCAGUAGCGAAGCAGGCUCACCCUUAUGCAGCGUCACAGACAUAUCACGUGCCCACUCAGCACCAUUCCCUCAGUGCACAGGCUGCCCCUGAAUCUCCUCCCGACACACCUACUUCUGGGCCUACCAUCCACGAUAUCCGAAAGUCGUGGUCUUCGGAGAAUGGGCAGCGUCAGGCGGUUCCUCCUUUGCCAGCAGUGGUCACAGAAGACGAUAUUAAUUCCGACACCAACGUUCAGACGUCUUUGAGUACAGCUAUGGGUGUUGACGACUAUGUGUCUGCUUCUGUUCAUCUCAACAGAAACCCCUCGGUGAUCACAGGUGCCCAUGUUUCCUCUGUAGCUGUUCCUCUUGAUGAUUCUCCUGCUGCUAACAAUGUGGAUCAGGAGAAACCUAGGUCGCGCGGUGCGAUUGAACCCAACUCAUACCGAGUGUCUGCUCCUCCUGCACCCCGAGAUUCCGGCACUGCUGUUCAAUUUCCGAGGCACGGACGCUCAGUAUCAACCUCGCAACUCAAUAAGGCCCUUCCGCCUCCUCCCAUUGAUGUGAAUGCCGCCAACUCCGGUUUCUCGGAGUCUACGUCAUCUCUGGGCUCGGUUACCACGCCGACCAGUGGCGGUUCUCCGACUAAACGGUCGUCUUUGUUUUUCCGCAAAAACGGACCGCCUUCGGAUGAGCAGCUAAGAGAGUUACGGGAGCAGGAAACUCUGUCUAAGGAGCACAUUGUCAGCUGGGUGGAUCGUCGUAGGCCAGAUGGCAAGCGGGUCUUUUCCGCCGGCCCGUAUGACGCCGUUUAA